CAACGCGAAGUCAGUGUGACGAAGUGCGUCGUGCGCAGCGGCAGCGUUUUUCCUUUUCCCCUAUUUCUAUUUGGAAACCCAAGAAAACCGAGCCGAAAACUCGAGCUGUAUCUCUGUGUGUGUGUGUGUGUGUGCGGUCAGUGAAAAGUAGUACAGAUACAUCUGCAUCUGAGUGCUCCAGUGAAGCCACAUGUGUGUUCGUUGGCAGGAAAACCAUGCAUUUGCUGUAAAGUCUUAAACGCCGAAUAUUGAAACGUAAAUUUAGCCACUUAACUGGGAAACUAAUCAACACAUGGAAAACCUACUGAACACCAUGGAAAAUCUGGUGCUGGAAAACGGAGUGGAAAGGAGGAGCAGUCAGAGCUCGACUUCGUCAGCGAAUCAUGGAAAUCCUGCGAAUCCUGCGAAUCCUGCCGAGGAAUGCGGCUGUGUGCGAGUGGGCAAAUGCAAAUGGUUCAACGUGGCCAAAGGAUGGGGCUUCCUUACUCCAAACGACGGCGGUCAGGAGGUGUUCGUUCAUCAGAGCGUCAUUCAGAUGUCCGGCUUCCGUUCGCUGGGCGAGCAGGAGGAGGUGGAGUUCGAGUGCCAGCGGACGUCCCGCGGACUGGAGGCCACCAGGGUGUCCGGCAAACAGGGCGAGAACUGUCACGGCAGCACCUACAGGCCACGCAUAAAUCGCCGGACUCGCCGCAUGCGCUGCUACAACUGCGGCGAAUUCGCCAACCACAUUGCCUCCGAAUGCGCUUUGGGUCCUCAGCCGAAGCGCUGUCAUCGCUGCCGGGGAGAAGACCAUCUCCACGCCGACUGUCCGCACAGAAAUGCGAACCAAAGUCAGAGCAACAACAGCAGCAGCAGUGGAGCACAGGAGAAGAGCCCGGAAGCCACUUAGGGAAAAUCAAAAGGGACCUGUGGAUUGGUAGUUGGAAGUUACAAACUUCUUUGACAAGUACAAAUGGAAAUCUAAAAAAACACGCAUCAAAUCAAAGAAACCCACGUACAACAAAACUAGCUACUAAACUUAGAUAUUAAAAAGGGGAAAAAACAAACCCAAAAACCAAGUUAGACUAAGCUUAUCCUUUACUUUUAUGUUAAUUUUAGGAAACUAUUCAAUAAGCUUUUUAACUAGAGUACAAGUAAAUGAAUUAAGCUAGA